GUAGAUAGAAAUAUAUCUACUGUAUCUAAUAACUGUUACAUGACAAGAAAAGUACCUUAGGUUUCCAGAGAGUUCUUUCUAAUUGUUCUGAGCUUUGAUAGCCCAGGGAUGGGUUUAUGAAUCUGGACAAAUUUAAAGCAAGCAUCAUCUUUAAAAACAUACUGAGUAAUUUCUGGCAAAGACUAAUAAAAUUCUACCAUCUAAUAACAGGAUCUAUAGCUUCAUAAUUGUUAUUCAAGGGAUGCUAACAAUAUUGAAUUACUCCUGUUACUACACGUCAGAGGUAAGUUUUUUAACACAGAAUGGUGAGUGUGUGGUGUUACGAAAUUCCCGUAACUGGAUCACUUACCAGCAAAGAUAGAGAGGUCCGCUGAAGUCUGAUGGUACUAUUUUUAAAAGUCUUUAUUUAUAAAGGGGCACAAAAAUAAGAUUAAUACAGACAUUCAGAUAAUAUACGUCGUCAAUACUCAAUCUAAAAAUGCGGGUAUAAUAAUAAUCAUCAAUUAAGCAAUAGCUCUAUCAUUUGUCUAGGGGAUAUUGUAUUGUCCGAUGGAAAGAUAAAAGUCACUGUCCUUUCAAGCUGCAGCUCUUUGGGUUUAAGAGAGAUGGGUUUAAACUUGCCCGGGUCUUUUAUGAGGCCAAUCCGUUGAGUCGGGGGAGUCGGUUCCCCGUUGUUAGUUCCAAGUCGUUUUCUGUGGUACCAGCCACCAGCCUCCAGGCAAGGGAACCGAACGCACUUGGCUUCCUUCAAAUGGCUUCCCGCUAUUACGGGAUCACUAGCGUUUCUUCUGGUGCAUCUGAGGGGCUGUCCCUACAGCCCCUCUUUUAUCUUAACUCGCAGGGUAGUAGAUGUCAAUCAGGUUGGGGUGAUGCAAUCUCUCUCUCAACCAGCCCACUUUGCCCGAGGGCCUGCACAUAGCAUAGUCCCCAAUCCACAAACGUUGUCUCCAGGAGACAAUGGCCAUGUCUCUCUCUCAUUUCCUGGGUCCUCUGAGCCAACCCAAUAAUGCUCUUGCGAUUCUCACAAAGGAGGGGGCUACCCCGCACCCUUCGGCCCCUCAGAGCUGUGGUACAUUCAUAACAGUGGAAUGGGCUGCCAGCAAAGGUGGUGGAGGCGGAUACGAUAGGGUCUUUUAAGAGACUCCUGGAUAGGUACAUGGACCUUAGAAAACUAGAGGGCUGUGGGUAACCCUAGGUAAUUUCUAUGGUAAGGACAUGUUUGGCACAGCUUUGUGGGCUGAAGGACCUGUAUUAUGUUGUAGGUUUUCUAUGUUCUAUGUUCUACUUUUGAGUAUGAAAAAUGGAUGGUACAGAUGAAUAUACAAGAUGGUGAGAUGGCUUUUGAUUUUUGAGAUAUCGGGGUCAGUUUCAGUCAGGUGAUGUUGGUACAGACCUGACAUGUUGUAUAUCAACAGAGCUAGGAUAAUAUUCUUGUGAAGAGAUUUGCUUGUGCUGUUGCUGGGGGUAUUUAAACCAGAUUAGAACACUGGAAAGGAGAAAAAGUUGCAUUGUGGACUGAAAGAUAGCUAAUGCUAGCGCAAUAAAUAGUAAAUGUUGACAUUUUUAAAUGAUGACAGGUUCUUGGGUUUGUGGGAUUUUCAUACGAGGAGAGAUAUAAGUAAGCUCGGCCUCUGUUCUCUCGCAUUUAGAAGAAUGAGGUAACCUUGUUGAGAUGAAUAAAAUACUUAAAGAGAACUCAGAAGGAGGAAAGCAGGGAGGAUAUUUCCCCUUGCCAAGGAAUCUAGAACUGGUCUAAAGUAGGGUUACUUUGAAAUAAGAUGAGAAAAUGUGCUUAAAUUAUACAAAUCACCAGAUCUAGAUAGAAACCAUCAUAAGUUGUGUACAGCACUAAAAGAGGAAAGUGUAAACACGUUGUUCAUAUUCUUCUGACAAUAAGAAGAAAUAGCAUCUAUAGAGAAGGCAGCAACUAUGGAUAGAAAAUUUGUAAAGUAACUGAGAACAGAGAGAUGCAGUGACAGAUCUUUUUUCAAACUGCAAGGAAGUGUUCAGUGGUGUUGUCUGAGGAUCAGAAAACUUUCCAAGUUUGUAGAGGACAUGAACGAGGAAGAGCAAUGAACCAGAGAACUUCAAGGAAGAUAAUAAGAACUUUGAAGAGUUACAGAUCAGUUGAAGGAACGAAUGUGUGUGUGUAUAUACAUAUACAUACAUACAUACACACACACACAAAUAAAUAACUAGAUAGAUAGAUAGAUAAAAUGAAUGGUAGGUAAAUCUUAAUGAAAAAAGAUGUAUAGCACCAGGACCUUGUCCAAUAUAGGUGGAUCAGAAUAAAGACAACUUACAAUUCUCCUCUGGAAGGACUGAUAGAUACAGAAAUUCUCUAGCUCUGUCCAUUAUAUUCAGAAAUGUAAAAAUAUAUUCUAAAUAAAAUAAGCAAUUUAAAACAUAAAGGCCUAAGAAAAAUAAGCAUUUUAACAUAAUUAGAAAAAAUAUAUAUUGCAAGCACUAGCUUUUUAAAAAUACAUACCAUUCCUUUUUUCCACAGCCAUAAAAGCUCUAUUAAAAUGAAUGGGAUUGUUAACCAGCACUGUCUAAUCUGGUCUAUGUUUUGAGAUCAGGUUUGCCAAUGUAAUUGCUGGAGAAUUUUAGCACAAAUUUGUUAGACUAUUACACCUCAUCCAAGGACCAGCCAGGAGUAGUGAAUUUCUGAUAGAGAAUUACUAGUAAAGUUCAGCCAAUAAGUUUGGGAUUCUGCAGAGAUUAAGGGAGCUAAGAGAAACCUGGAUAAACUUUACUCAAAUAAGGAGUUUUCUUUAUCCAAAGGAUUACGGAGACUCACCAGGCCUAGAACUGCACUAACUGAUGGCAGUCCCUGGAAGCCUACCCAAUGGAGAAGCCUACAAUUCUAGCAAAGCCCUAUGCUGUGGCCUAAAGGAAAAGUGGACAAACUCAUCUCAACUUCAGUAUAGAGUUCGAACAGUCUCCAAAAUGCAGCAAAGAGCAAUCUGAAAAAGCAUAGCAGGAUUCAAUUGCAGCAAUCUGGAAUAAUCCAAAGGCUAGGAAGCUGAUAGUGACAUUACCUUGACCUCCAUAGAAUAAAUAAUUCAGAUGCAUAUACAGUAUGAGCUUGUGUUUCCACAUUUCAGUGAGAGUAGAGAAUAUGCUUUUAAUAUUGGUUCUUUAAGAAGCAUGAUUUUAAGGGAAAUAGGCUUAGCGAAAGCAAAUUGUUUUGUGAGCAAGUAAGAACUAUCAGAAUCAGAAUGAGAAUCAGGUUUAUUAUUACUUGACACAUGACGAAAUUUGUUAUUUGCAGGCAGCACAAGCCAUAAAAAAUUACAAUAAAAAAUAAAAAGAGUAAACUGUGCAAAAGGCCAACGGUGAGGUAGUGUUCAUGGACCAUUCAAAACUCUGAUGGCAGAGGGGAACAAGAUGUUCCUGAAAGAUUGAGUGUGUGUCUUCAAGCUCCUGUACCUCCUCCUUGAUGGCAGUAAUGAGAAGAUUACAUGUCCCGAGCGGUGAGGGACCUCAAUGAUGGAUGCCGCACUCUUGAGGCACUGCACUUGAAGAUGUCCUUGAUGUUGGGAAGGCUUGUGCCUACAAUUUUUCAGAAAAUAAUCCAGUGUUUGGAGUCACACCUCAUACAAAGAAAAAUAGGUAUGGUUGCUGAAGGACAAGCACCCCAGCCUUAAAACACAGGAUACAAUUCCAAAGAGUCUAUAUUCUUCAGUACUUUCUCAACUCAUUCUGACAUAGCCAACUCUUAGAUUAUAGCCUAAAAAUUCCUCUGCAAACCUCUGGCUAAAAUAAUGAUGGACUGGUAAAAGACUUCUGGAGUAGAACAAUUGUAGAGGCUUUCUGACUUUUUUGUGCCUAGUGGGAAAUUUUAACCUUGAAUUUAUGUCAUGAUUUCCAUUAGUACUAGAAACUUAAUUGUCAUAAUUCUCUCCCAAAUGAAAUCAAUAAUACUGCAAUUGCCAAAAUUUGCCUCUAAUCUCACUUACUGCCUCCUUAGUCACACUGAUGAUAUACAGUAGUUGAACAUGAUUGGGCAUCGGACAAUACUAACAACUCCUACUAUGAUGCCCUGGGGCUGUGAUGUUUGCUCUUUGGCAACCACAAUCACUUUCUUAUGCAAAGAAUAACUCAAAAUUCAGCUCAUUCAUCCAUGUCUGGAUCAAGCAGUGAUUGGGACUGGAGCCAAGAGGUCCUGGCAAAAACUCAAACUGAGCAUCAUAGAAUCUUGGACACAUAGAUAUACAGCAUGGAAACAGGCCCUACGGCCUACUCAGUCUGUGCCAACAUACAACCAGCCAUCCGUUUACAGCAAUUCCACAUUAAUCCCCAUUUUUUUACUAUUUCCCACAUUACCUUCAGUUCUUGGAUUUGGCAGUCCUUACACAGUAGGCACAAUUUACUGUGACCAAUUAAUCUACCAACCCACAUAUCUUUAGGAUUUUGGAUGACAAUAAAACCAUAGGACUAUAAGACAUAGGAGCAGAUUUAGGCCAUUCAGCCCAUUGAGUUUGCGCCAAUAUUCUAUCACAGCUGAUAUAUUAUCCCUCUCAACCCCAUUCUCCUGCCUUCUCCCCAUAACCUUUGAUGUCCUUACUAAUCAAGAACCUAGCAACCUCUGCUUUAAAAAAAUGACUUGGUCUCCAUAGCUGUCAGUGGCAAUGAACUCCACUGAUUCACCACCUUCUGGCUAAAGAAAUUCCUCCUCAUCUCUGUUUUAAGGGGCCAUCCCUCUAUUCUGAGAUCAUGCCCUCUAGUCCUAGACUCUUGUACUAUAGGAGAUAUCCACUCCACAUACACUCUAUCUAGGGCUUUCUAUAUUCAAUAGUUUUCAAUGAGAUCACACCCCCCACCUCAUUCUGGUAAACUCCAGCAAGUACAGGCCCAGAGCCAUCAAACACUCCUCAUAUAUUUUCUCUUUCAUUCCUGAAAUCAUUCUCAUGAACCUUUUCUGGCUCUCCAAUGCCAGCACGUUUUCUUACAUAUAGGACCCAGACUUUUCACAAUACUCCAAGUGCGGUCUAAACAAUGCUUUAUAAAGCCGCAGCUUUACAUCCUUGUUUUUAUAUUGUAGUCCAUUGCUUUUGUUAUCCUUAUCACUGACUCAACUUGCAAGUUAACCUUUAGGGAAUCCUGCACGAGGACUUCUGAGUCCUUUUGCACCUCCAAUUUCUGAAUUUUCUCACCAUUUAGAAAAUAGUAUAUGCCUUUAUUCCUUCUAUCAAAGUGCAUGACCAUACAGCUUCCCAACACUAUAUUCCACCUGCCACUUCUUUGCCCAUUCUCCUAAUCUGUCUAAGCCUUUCUGCAGAAUCCCUGCUUCCUCAACACUACCUGUCCUUCCACUUAUCUUCGUAUCAUUUGCAAACUUGGCCACAAAGCCAUCAACUACAGCAUUCAAAUCAUUGACAUAUAAUGUGAAAAGAGCAGUCCCAACACUGACCCCUGCAGAACACCACUAGUCACCAGCAGCAAAACAGAAAAGACCCACUUUAUUCCCACUCUUUGCCACCAGCCAGUCAGAUGAUCUCCUAUCUAGUAUUUUUCCUGUAAUAUUGUGGGCUCUUACCUUGGCACCUUUUCAAAGGAUUUUGUAAAAUCCAAGUAGACAACGUUCACUGAUUCUCCUUUGUCUAUCCUACUUGUUACGUUCUUAAAGAAUUCUCACAGGUUUCUCAGGCAAGAUUUCCCCUUAUUGCUUUUAUUUGUUUGCCUUCUGUUGGCUUUUAAAAGCUUCAGAAACAUUUAAAUUUUGUUAUGGUAUUUGCCCUCUCUUUUCUUUUAUGCUGUGUUUGAUUUCCCUUAUCAUCAAUGGUUGCCUCAUCCUCCCACUAGAAUACUUCUUCCUCUUUGGGAUGCAGCUAUCCUGCAUUUUCUGAAUUGCUUCAAAAAACUCCAACCAUUGUGUUCUGCUGUCAUUCCUGCUAGUGACCCCUUCCAUCAGCUUUGGCCAGCUCCUAUCUCAUGCCUCUAAUUCCCUUUACUCCACUCUCAUACUGAUUUAUCCAAUUUCACCUUCUCCCUCUCAAAAUGCAAUACAAUCUCUGCCUCCUAAGGGUUACUUUACCUUAAGUUCCUGAAUCAAAUAUGGAUCAUUACAUAACACCAAUUCAGAAUUGCCUUUCUCCUAGUGGGGUCAACCACAAGCUGUUCUAAAAAAACAUCUUGUAAGUGUAAUGCCCUGGUUAAGUUUUUUACUCCAAAUGUUGCAGGAUAUUUCAUUUAGUAGCUUUCUGUAGAAGCAGUGCGUCUUGCAGGUGGCAUGUUGGGGUUUCAGGUAAAGAUAAGGGCUGUGAUAUUCAACUUAGGAAUGUUGUGUCAGCCAAUUAGGCUGGUGGAAUUGGGAGAAGGUUCUCGAGAAAGCUGGAUGGAAAGAGAUUUGUGGCAGACACUGAUGGGGUUUGUGGUCUUUUUGGUGGGAGCUGCAGAAAGGUCAGGAGAGAAGAUGGCUGAGGAUGCUGUGGGAAGGAGCGUCCUCAUUGCACAAGGUGCUUUGUGCAGAUGAGAGGCCUCAAGGAAGAAGGGCCAAUACUCCAGAGAGAGUACCCAUUUGUUUGAGAUGGAUUUCAGGAUGUGGUGUGUGCUUUUACACAGACCAUGGGUCCAGAUCGUGAGUAAAAGACAACUUCAAAAUGAGCUCCGCCAAUGUGCACAUUUAGACUGGUUUAAUUGUAAAGGGCCUUUUAAUUUUUCUGUAAAUAUACUUCCUUUAUAACCUUAGAUGGUGUAUGACUUUUUAUUUCUUGCUGACCAACAUUUGUGUAUGGGCUGUAUUUACGCAGCAUUUGCUCAAAUUGAGGUUUCUUUAAUCAGAACAUCACAACGUUCAUGCUUGGUUGAACCCCGAAUCAUACCAACCCUAAGCAUCUAUUGUUUAUGAAAGGUGGCUUUCUCACCACUGAGUCCCAUGGCUGUCAGUGGGGCUGACAACGAGCCAAGUUUCCAUAUGAACCGGUAAGGAGGCUACAUUGUGGGGGCUUGUCCGGGAUUCGCUGAAUGCUGUUUAAUUGCUGUUAAGAAUUCAUUAAGUGGUUUGUUUGUUUGUUUAAGCCUGUGUGUAAGCUAAUGUCAGGAAAGUGACUAAAGUACUUCAUUAUGGGUGCCACUGGAAUUAAGGGUUGGUACAAUUCAAAGAGAUUAUCCACAAAUAAUGCUGGUGUUUUGAGCAAGAUGGAUGGCUGAAUUUCCAAUGAAGCAGUGCUAAAUUCUAUAAAUAUUUUGGGGAAAGUUACACUGACUAAACGGCAUUUUGACCAAUUGGCUGGUGAGGAUGUCAUGUUAAUCCAGACCAGCAAUGACUGAAGUCAUGCCGCAUGAUAGGUUGGGAGACCCUAGAGAGGCGGGACCAUAGGCAGUCCAUAUUUUUAGAAAAGUGGGGCAUGUAAUUGAAGGGCAAAAACUUUAAAGACAAGUUGUUCUCAUUUCUGUGAAGUGAGGGAAAAGAGUUGGCUGAUAUGAGAAGUCUAACGGGUCCUUCAGCAGUUGAUUUAAAUGCUGAGCUGGUUUUGGCUAUGACAUCACUGGUUGAUAAAUGCAUAAGUGAAUUUGAGGAGAGCCAAAGUUAUAGUCAGCUUGGAGUGUUCUCUGGGGUCAAGCCCACGCUUGAUGUGGAAGAAGAACAUGGGGCUUGGACUAAGCAGACAUCUCAGUUUUACUGGAUGGAUGGCAGUGCUCAGAUAAUGUGAAAAAAACAAUUUCUGGUAGAGAGCUUAAAGGGUUAGCCAGCUGAUAUAGUGAAGUUCCUAAAAGCAGAAAAUCCAUUAGUCAUGUUAGCUAAUUACCUGCAAACUCAGGAAGAUGUUUUUGGCACUGCUGAAACUGCAGCCAAUCUUAGGAUGAAGUUUUGGCACAUAUUCCAGGAGGAAGGAGAGAAGUUGUCUGCCUACUUUUUCAGAUUGGAGAAACUGCUGUACAAUUUGUGCCACAAAGAGGACAUUCUGAGAGAAAUUGCUUGAGGAUUGAGCAAGUUGUGAAGGGUGUGCAGACUCGUGACUUGAUUGCUCUACAUAUUCAAAUGACCUGCAAGGUGCGCCCUCCUCCAUCUUUUACAGAGUUACUCAGAGAAGUUAGAAAGGAGGAAAACACGAUUGAGAAGUGGGACAUUUCCAAAAUCCGCGUAGUCUCUUCAAUGCUACUUGUUGCCUCUGUUGCUCAAGCGGUCCGUGAUGCCAAAGAUUUAGAACUUCUGAGGAAUGAGAUGGAAAACCUUUGAACUGAGCUGAUUUGAUGGAUGUUUGCAAAUGUUUCAACUAAACAUGAUACAUCUGCUGGGAAACCUGCCUCUUCUGUAGGAUUAAUGAUGAAGCAGACUGCUGCUGGAAAGGGUCUCUUGACUAGAGAGGUGACAGGUAUUUUCUGUUACAUCUGUGAAGAUGGGCACUUCAAGUGAAACUAUGAGGGACAGGAGAAUCCUUGAAAAGUAAGGUAGUGGUUAAUCAAGCAGAGAAGAAAAGAAGCAAAACUAUGGACAAACCCAGUAAAGGAAUGGGCUGGCGUUUUGGAGAGGAUAUUUUCUUAUCAGUGUAGCAAGGGAAAUUCUAAAGUACAAAACACUAAUCCUGAAGGUUUAGUGGGAUCAAGCUCUGAUCAAUCCAUAUGGAUUGAAGGUGCUAGAGUCAUACUUGUCACAAGUUCUCAAGUUACUUUGCUUUAUAGAUCCUUUUACAACUGGUAUUUGGCACAUUUAUCAUUGAUGCCACUCAGUUUCUUUGAGAUUUGGGGGCUUAGUACUGAUGAGUACCCGUAUAAUGGUUACUUGUCGUUGAAACUGGAGUUUUCAGGAGUAGAUGUUGGAGUAACUGAGACUAUUGAUCCAUCAGUGUUGGUCUGCCUGGAUCCAGUCAAAAACGGUGGAGCAUCCAUUCUUGUGAGAACAAAUAUUUCUGUUAUGACAGGGCUCAUGGGAGCAUGCAAGAAGAGUAAUGGAGAGAACUUUUGGAAAAUCUUGUUCAUUCAUCCUGUGUUCAGAGGACCUGUGUGAUAAACCCAGUCAAACCCUAUCAUGUUGUGUCCUGGAUGAGUGGCUAGAGUGAUAGGAAUCCCCAAAUUCCAGAAUGCCCGAUGCCUUUGGCCAUCCGAGUGGAUGCUCUUGUUAAUCCGGAAGAAGAAUCAUGCUUACCUGAAGGAAUGCUGUUGAGACCUGAACUGCAGAGAUCUUCAGCUGUCUACACAAACAGGAUGACAGUGAUUAUCAGGAACACCUCAGGGAGAGAGGGCACCCUCAGACAUGGGGUGUUGACUGUCCCUCUUUUUCCUGUGAUGGUAGUGUCUAGCUUUCCUGGGGAAAUGAAAGUAAGUCGACAUGCAACUUUGAUGACUCGCUGAUGUCUGAAGAAUGGAAAAGGAGAUUAACUGAGAAGAUGAUGGAAUAUGGAAACACCUUUUCUACUGACAAGUCUCUUGGUUGCUCCAAAAGUAUUUGCCACACUAUUAGAUUGACCGAGGACAACCCUCUCUGAGAGAGGUCUUGACAGUUAGCAUCAGUGGAGGUUGAAGAUGUUCUGCAGCACCUGCUUAAUCUGAAGGAAGCUAAAUUCAGUCCUGGAGCAGGGGGACCUCAGCCGCCAGAAGGGUAUGAGUGAAAGACAGGGUCAGGCAGCAUCUAGCAGGCAGAAAGGAUCACAAGGAGUUGUUGAAGCUGGAGAAGCUGAAGAUGAGAUAAGGAGGUGUCAUAGAGUCAUGAAACCUCCAGAUAGCCUGGUAUAUGGUGCACCAAGGAAACAGUGUUGUGCCUAUCCCCAUAGUGAGAUAGGUUACUACCAUUUAUAAAUGGGAUGGGUGUUCCUGAAAUCAAUGAAAUUCCUUUGAAUACUGUGUUACUAAUGAUGGUUUGAUAAAUUUCAAAGUCAUGAGGACAUGACUGUUUUUGGUGGGCAGGGGUGGGGGAAGAAAGGAAUGCCCUGGUAAAGAUUUUUUCUGCUAAUGUUGUAGGUUGUUUCAUUUAGUAGCUUUCUGUAGAAGCAGUGUGUCUUGCUGAUAGCAUGUAUAGGUUUUGGGAAAAGGUAAGGGGGUGUGAUAUUCAACUUAGGAAUGUCAUGCCAACCAGUCAGGAUGGUGGAAUUGGGAGAAGGUUCUAGAGAAAGCUGGAUGGAGAGAAAUUUGUGACGGACACUGAUGGGGUUUGUGGUCUUUUUGGUAGGAGCUGCAGGGAGGACAGGAGGGAAGAUGGCUGGAGGAUGCUGUGGGAAGGACCAUCCUCAUUGCACAAGGUGCUUUGUGCAGAUGAGAGGCCUCAAGGAGGAAGGGCCAAUACUGCAGAGAGAUUUCGAAUGAUGUUCAGGAUGUGGUGUGUGCUUUCACAUAGUCCAUGGGUCCAGAUCGUGAGUGAAAGACGACUUCAAAAUGAGCCUUUGAAUCUGGACUAGAUCACAUAAAAUGACACUGAGCUCAACUAUUUCCUGAUACCACUUGGAGCUGGCUUCUGUGAUGGUGGGGAUCUUGGGAAGAGACUUGCAGGUCUGCAGAUGAUAUGAAGGUAGGUGGAGGGGUAGAUAGUGCUAAGGAAGCAAUGCGAUUGCAGCAGGACUUAGACAAAUUGGAAGAACAGGUAAAAAAGUGGCAGAUGGAAUACAGUGGGGAAAUAUACGAUAAUGCAUUUUGGUAAAAAGAACAAUAGUGCGAACUAUUAUCUAAAUAGGAAGAAGGUUCAAACGUCAGAGGUGCAAAGGGACUUAGGAGUCCUCGUGCAAGAAUCAGAAUCAGAAUCAGGUUUAUUAUCAUCGGCAAGUGACGUGACAUUUGUUAACUUAGCAGCAGCAGUUCAAUGCAAUAUGUAAUUUAGCAGAGAAAAAAAUAAUAAAUAAGAUUAAAAUAAUAAUAAAUAAAAAAGUAAAUCAAUUACAUAUAUUGAAUUGCUUUCCACAGUACAACUAUAGAAGUUUUUCAGUGUAUUUGUUAACAUGCCAGAUCUCUUCAAACUCCUAAUAAUGUAUAGCUACUGUCUUGCCUUCUUCAUAACUAUAUCGAUAUGUUGGGACCAGGUUAGAUCCUCAGAGAUCUUGAGACCCAGGAAAUUGAAGCUGCUCACUCUCUCCACUUCUGAUGGUAUGUGUUCCUUUGUCUUACCCUUUCUGAAGUCCACAAUCAGCUCUUUCGCCUUACUGAUGUUGAGCGGCAGGUUGUUGCUGCGGCACGACUCCAUUAGUUGGCAUAUCUCACUCCUGUACACCCUCUCAUCACCACCUGAGAUUCUACCAACAAUGGCUGUGUUGCCAGCAUAUUUAUAGAUGGUAUUUGAGCAAUGCCUAGUCACACAAUCAUGUGUAUAUAGAGAGUAGAGCCCAGAAGAUUAAUUUACAGGUUGAGUCUGUGGUAGAGAAGGCAAAUGCAAUGUUGGCAUUCAUUUCGAGGGGAAUAGAAUGUAAAAAAGGAGAUAAUACUGAGCCUUUGUAAGACACUAGUCAGGCCAGACUUAGAGUAUUGUCAACAGUUUUGGGCCCCGUAACUCAGAAAGGAUGUGUUGUCAUUGGAGGGUGUUCAGCGGAGGUUCAUGAUGAUGAUUCAGAGAGAGAAGGGAUUAACAUUUCAGAAGCAUUUGGCAGCUUUGGGCCUGUACUCACUGGAAUUUAGAAGAAUACUGGUGGGGGGGGGGGCGGUGGAUCUCAUUGAAACCUACCGAAUGUUGAAAAGACUAGAUAGGGUGGAUGUGGAGAGGAUGUUUCCUAUGGUAGGGUGUCCAGAACUAGAGGGCACAGCCUCAAAAUUGAGUGGUGACACUUCACAGCAAGGGUAAGGAGGAAUUAUUUUAGCCAGAGAGUAGUAAAUAUGUGGAAUGCACUGCCACAGACUGUGGUAGAGGCCAAGUCCUUGUGUAUAUUUAAGGUGGAAGUUGAUAGUUUCCUGAUCGGUCAGGGGAAUCGAAGGAUAUGGCAAGAAGGGGUAGAGUGGGAUCCAGGAUCAGCCAUGAUGGAACGGUGGAGCAGACUCGAUGGGCUAAAUGGCCUAAUUCUGCUCCUAUCUCUUAUGAUCUUAUGGUCUAAGAAGCAGAGAUAUACAUCCAUUAAUGACAUCCUCCUGCCUUUAUACCACUAACUGCCCCUUUUGAUGGAUUUGUCCUACUGUGGAACAGGGGUUAUCUAGACCUUUGAUGAAGGAGUCUGUCAUAUUGUUUAUAGGGUAAGCUAAUGGGAGUAUGGCUAUUUCAGCCACUAUAUGACUAGUUUUUGUGAAAUGUCUCCCAACUUAGUAUAAUUCUCUGGAUAUUUUUGAGAAAUACUUUGUAAUACGUUGUUGGCAAGGAAAAUCAGUAAUUAAUCAAAGUCAAAGUAAAACUGGAAGUUCAAUUUCAUUAUGCUUAUAUGGAGUUGAACAUUAAUUUUAAAAUUCAAGUAUUGAAAAAAUGUGUGAGUUGUCACUUGAUGGGCAUUGGGGAAGAGAUGGCAUAGGAAGGUGUAACAAGUGAUAUUUUAUAAUGAAAUUCCAGAUUUGAAAGCGAUUGAAUGACCUAAAAUACAGAGAACAGAGCUGUUUAAAUUCUAACCAUAUGAAGCAUGUAAAUAUUUAGGUACAUAAGAUAUACAUAUAUGAUGCUCAACAACAGUUGAAUACUUAGCAUUCAGGAAAAGGUAUUGAUCCAUGAACAAUAGAUAAAACAUCUAAUCAUAACUAAAACAUUCUCUCACAAUUCAAUUUUAAACUUUCAAUGCCGAUCUAUAAUCCUAUGGACAAUUCUAGUAUGAUAGAUUUGAUGAACGAUCAGACAGCUGAAACGCUAUCUGCUCAGUAUUCCCAGCAUUAUUUACAUUUCUUUUUCCCAGUUUUAUAACUAUAUUUAUGUAACUAUAUAUUUAUAUAAACACAUAACUAUAUUUUAUAUUUCUGAUUUCACAGUUUUGUUUCUUGGUGAAAGUGUUUGUAUUUUCUCUGACACCUGUAGGUGGCGCUGUGACACAGUCUUUAAAGUUCGGCUCUGCGGACAUUAGCGACGUUAAUAUACUUGACUCUCACCGGAAAAAAAAUCAAUACCUGUUCAGAAAUCAGGAAAUCUUGCAGACACAAAUAAGAAUAUUUUGUUUUAAAUACAAAAGUUGGAGACUGUUAAAAAAUAUCAAUGAUAAUGUGAAGGAACUCUGACCUCCUGACACAUAAUACAGAUAUUCAUGGAAGUUCUCCUACCACCACCUUGUCUGAGCUCAUUUAACGCACCACCACUUGACUAUGGCGUUAUGGAUCGUCCCUAGUAGGUCAUUCAGCAUUGCCAUUAGGAAAAUUGCAGAUUUCAAUUUUGGUACAAGUCAAAGAUCCUGAUAAAGUAAAAUGGAUUGGCCUAUCAGUUAUAUAGCAUUUUUCACAUCCACUAGACACACAAAAUGCAAUUUAGUGUCAGUGGAAUACAGUGCUGUAAUGUAGAAAUACUGCAGUCAAUUGCACAUAACAUAAUCUUUUGAAAAACAACCCAAUAAUAGUGACAUAAUUUGAGGGAUAAAUUUUGGACAUAAUACUGGAGAGAAUCUCUCAUGCUUUUUUAAACCGAUGCUUUUAUAAAAAUCUGAAUGGACAGAUGGAUAAGUUUAACAUUGCAAUUAUGGAGUUGUUAAGUCUAACAGUACUCAGCACUCAUUCCCAGACUGGGUGUCUGUAGUGGAGCUUGCGUUUGACCCUUUUAACUUUAAUGGUUGUUAUGAUCUUGGAAUCCAUUGACUAAGUCAAAGAUGGUGUCGAAUCAGCAUAAAGAAGGGAGACUGAAAAUCUGGCUGAGUGGUGCCAGGACAACCUCUCACUCAAUGUCAGCAAAACCAAGGAGCCGAUUACUGACCUCAGAAGGAGGAAACUGGAAGUCCUCAUUGGGGGAAUCAGAGGUACCAAGGGUCAGCAACUUCAGAUCCCUGUGUUAUCAUUUCAGAGGAUCUGAGCUGGAUCCAGCACGUAAGUGAUCUUAUGAAGAAAGCAUGGCAGUACCUCUACUUCCUCAGAAGUUCGCAAAGAUUCAGCAUGUCUUCUAAAACUUUGACAAACUUCUAUAGAUGUGUGGUGGAGAGUAUGUUGACUGGUGGCAUCAUGGCUUGGUUUGGAAACAAGUAGCCUGGUAGAGUAGGCCAACAAAAAGUUGUGAAUAUGGCCCAGUCCAUGGUGGGUAAAACCCUCCCCAGCACGGAACACAAGUAUACAGAGUACUGUUGCAAGAAAGCAGCAACCAUCAUCAAAGAACCCACUGUCCAGACCAUGCUCUCUUCUCAUUGCUGCCAUCAGGAAGACAUACAGGAGCCUCAGGACCCACACUACCAGGUUCAGGAAUAGUUAUUACCCUUCAACCAUCAGGCUCUUGAACCAGAGGGGAUAACUUCACUCACCCCAUCUCUGAAUUGUUCCACAAUCUAUUGAUUCACUUUCAAGGAUUCCUCAUCUCAUGCUCUUGAUAUUUAUUUCUUGCUUGUUUGUAUGUUUGUUAAUUAAUCAAUUUCUUUUUGUAUUUGCAUGGUUGAUUAUCUUUUUGCACGUCGGUUGUAGUUGGGUGAGGUCUUUCACGGAUUCUUUUGUGUUUCUUGUACUUACUGCGGCAGCCCACAAGAAAAUGAAUCUCAGGGUUGUGUGUGCUGACUUUUAUAAUAAAUUUAUUUAAAUUUGAGAUAGUAUGCUGGAAAUAACUUCGAUAGAAACUUCAAACGCAAACGCAAAUAUUAAUUGAAGAGGUUGAAUUGAGUAGAACCAGCUUUAGCACGGAAGGCUGGAUGUUCACUUGCUGUGCUUUAGGAUUCUAUGAAAGUGAAUCGGGCAACGGGACUACCUGACACCGAUAAGGUGACACAUGGUUCCUAACAGAUGGCAUGAUUGUUGGACAUCUCACAGACUGGAGUCCCUCCUCAGUCGGAGACGAAGCCAUAUCGCAGGUAUACUUUUAAUUCAGUGAAACAAAUUCCUACAUUAGAGUGGAAUAUAUUUCUAACCUGGGCCGAUGGCUUUCGUAAUUUACUCUGCGCCUCACAAGAGGGAGGGAGGUUUGUCGAAGGAAGGGCGGCGCUGCGGCCUCGGUUCAGGGAGACGGGCUGAAGAGCCUCGGACGGCGGCGCUGCGGCCUCGGUUCAGGGAGACGGGCUGAAGAGCCUCGGACGGCGGCGCUGCGGCCUCGGUUCAGGGAGACGGGCUGAAGAGCCUCGGACGGCGGCGCUGCGUUCACCGGAAACAGGGAGACGGGCUGAAGAGCCUCGGACGGCGGCGCUGCGGCCUCGGUUCAGGGAGACGGGCUGAAGAGCCUCGGACGGCGGCGCUGCGGCCUCGGUUCAGGGAGACGGGCUGAAGAGCCUCGGACGGCGGCGCUGCGUUCACCGGAAACAGGGAGACGGGCUGAAGAGCCUCGGACGGCGGCGCUGCGGCCUCGGUUCAGGGAGACGGGCUGAAGAGCCUCGGACGGCGGCGCUGCGUUCACCGGAAACAGGGAGACGGGCUGAAGAGCCUCGGACGGCGGCGCUGCGGCCUCGGUUCAGGGAGACGGGCUGAAGAGCCUCGGACGGCGGCGCUGCGUUCACCGGAAACAGGGCUGCGUGGGCGCCCAUCAAGUUCCGGAGCGACGCCGUUAGUUUCUCCGUGCCGGGACAGUGCACCCGACGCUAUUGUGGGUGUUAUUUCCCAAGCCGUUCUGAAAUAUAAGCAAACAUAAUUUGCUGUUUUUAAACAUUUGCUUGGCUGGGGGAGGUCGCCCAUCCCCGGCCUGCAGGUGCAGAGUGAGUGUUGAAGGGUGAUGGAGAGCGGGGAGGACCCGGAGCAGGAUUUGGAGCUAGAUCUGGAGUUGCACCUGGAUCCGGAUCCGGACCCGGACCCAGAGCAAAAGCAGAAACCGACAGAGCAGGGACAAGAGCCCGAGCAGAAGCCAGGAGGAUCCCUUAACCUGACCGAGUUUUCGGACGAGAUCCUACUGAACAUACUGGGUUUCGUGCCCAGCUGUGACCUGCUGUUGAAUGUCAGGAAAGUGUGCAGAAAGUUAGCGGCCCUCUGUGUGGAUAAGAGCCUGGUCAACUAUAUCUCUCUGCACAAAGAGUACCAGGAAAAUGAUGCAAAGGUGACCUCACUACUGAAAGAAAUUGCCAGUAACAUUCAGUUGUUAAAACUGAGUGGCUGCUAUUGGUUGUCUGGCUCAACCAUCGAUCUGGUGGCAAAGUGCAAAAACAUCCUGAAACUUGAUCUGACGGGAUGCCCCAUGACAUCGCUGCGACUCUCUAGGAUGCUCUCUGUACUACGGAAUCUCCGCUCGCUUGCUUUAGAUGUCAACAAAGGAUUUGAUGUUGGCCAGCUUAGCAGUGAAUGUAAGGCAACUCUUGGCAAAGUGACUGAGCUCAAGCAGACGUUGUUCACCCCUUCCUACGGCAUUGUCCCCUGUUGUACCAAUUUGGAGCGGCUGUUGCUUUACUUUGAAAUCCCUGACCGGACUCGGGAAGGUGAAAUGCUCUCGGGCCAGCUGAUGGUUGGACAAAGCAACAUCCCCCACUAUCAAAACCUGAAGGUAUUCUAUGCAAGGUUAUCGCCAGGCUACGUUAACCAAGAAGUUGGGAGGUUUUACCUGUCGGUCCUGAGCAUUCGGACUCCUGAGAAUCUGCAUGCCUUUAUCCUGUCUGUCCCUGGGAUAUUUGUUGACACUGGAUGCUCCACGCGGAAUUUCCUAGAUUGCAUGACCAAAAACUUCAGUCUGGAAGCGUUGCAACUCCCUCGUUCUUGGUUGAAUGGGUCGUCACUUCUGCACUCCUCACUUCUGCAUACCAUUACCUUGAGUAACCCAGUGUAUUUAAACUUCAGCCACUGCAUACUCUCUGGCUGCCAGCUGAGCCAUCAAAUAAUUAAUGGUGGCAAAAAUGUUCAGUCAUUGGUUAGUUUGAAUCUCAGUGGCUGUGUCCACUGCUUACUGUCAGACUGUUCUGUCUUUCGCAAGGCCAAAGAUGAUAUUGAUUUUGAUGUGGUGGAAGCACUGGUAAACUGUUGUCCUAACCUGAAGCACCUGAAUCUUUCUGCAGCUCACCACCACAGCCCCGAGGGGUCAGGUAAACACUUGUGCCUGCUGUUAGCGAGAUUGAAACAGUUGCGUUCAUUAUCACUCCCUGUGUGCUGCAUUGUGCAAAGUGCCAAAAAUGUUGACAAGCUGCCAAAUCACACAGUGUCUGCUCUGGGUACACAGUCAGUGCGGCGGGGUCUGGGGAAGAAGGUUCGAAUUGGCAUUCCGACCUAUCCAAAGAAUAUUCAGGAGCAGCAGUUACUGAAUGUACCUUCAACUGUUUUUGGAACUUUGGUAGAAAACCUUGCCUUUUUAGAAGAGCUUGAACUGAUUGGGUCCAGUUUUUCCUCUAAUGUGCCUCGCAAUGAGCCUGCCAUUAGGAAUAUGCAACCACCCUGUGAGCGAGCCCAGCGAAUUCGAGAUGAAGAAUUGAUGCUCAUUGGAAAAUUGCAGUACUUGCGCAUUCUAACUUUAGCUCAGCUUCCUGGCAUUGUCACUGGGUCAGGUCUGAUCACCAUAGGAUUGAAGUGUCAGCAGCUGCAGACGCUGUCUCUAGCAAAUCUUGGUCUCUUGGGGAAUGUUGCCUACAUGCCAGCCUUGUGUGAAAUGUUGAAACACUGCAAACAGUUGAAGGACUUGAGGAAAUGAUUUAAUGAAGAGUUCCACAGAAGCCAGAACCCUCUAACUUUUAAGACUAGAACAGCCAUACCUGUCAGCCUGUGCACAAUUCUUCCAGGUGCUGAGCCACUGCUCAUCACUGAAACGAUUAUGCAUAGUUUCUCGUCAUGGAACUUUCCAACAUGAUGCAGUUAUCUCAUUUAUGACCAACUGC